AUGGCGAUCGUAUUGUGGGCCGUUGUUUUCGCUACCUUGGGCGUCGUGAGUGCUCGCGAAAAGGCGUGUACGUAUCCGAGCUCUUGUUGGCCUUCAGAGGCGAAUUGGAAGUCGCUCAACUCGACGUUGAACGGUGCACUCGUUCGUGCGUUCCCCGUCGCCUCUCCGUGCCAUGCACCUGUCAAUCAAGACGCAUGCGAUAUCGCAAAGAAGAAUUGGACAAAUGAAUUUUGGCGUGCGCAGCAGCCCGGAGGUUACUUUGAUCUCAAUUGGGAAAAUGGAGAUAAUCUCUGCGAUAUCAAUGGCAAUGCGAGCCUCCCUUGUACCCAGGGAUUGGUCCCGUAUUAUGUCGCCCAAGUCAACAAUGUUGAUGACGUAAAGAAAGCAGUAAAGUUUGCACAUGAUCACAAGAUUAGCACCAGGGUCAAAGGCGCAUCCCACGAUUUCCUGGGAAGGUCCUCUGGGAAUGGAACAUUUGGUAUCUCAACCAUAAAGCUCAAGGGAAUCGAAUUUGUUGACAGCUUCACUCUUCCUGGUGCCCCCCCUGGAACUACCCCCGAAUCGGUCGUGCACAUCGCUGCCGGAGAGCAUUGGAUACAUGUGAAUCGAGCUGCGGAUUCACAUGGUGUUAUCGUAGUUGGAGGUACCAGCUACUCUGUGGGUGCUGCUGGUGGAUGGGUCCUGGGCGGUGGACAUUCAAGUCUCAGUCCCCAAUACGGUCUAGGCGUCGAUAACGUUGUACAAUUCGAGAUUGUGACCCCCGACGGCCAGUUUCGCGUUGCGAAUAAGUAUCAGGAGAAGGAUCUCUUUUGGGCCUUGCGCGGUGGUGGGCCUGGAUUUGGAGUAGUCACCAAAGUGACGUAUAAAACACAUCCUCCUAUCAAAGCACUCACGGUAAUGAUUGUCAAUGCCACCUACACAAACACAUCCUUCACCGGCUUCUUGCGUAAAUAUCUGGCUCUCCAACCGACUCUUUCGGCGCACAACGUCUCCGGUUACAGCUAUCCUACGGCAAAUGGCAUCGUGGCUCAACUUUUUGCUCACAAUUCCGCCAAUCUCACUGCGCUCAACUCGACGCUCAAACCCAUGUUCGACUUUGCGCAAUCAGAGACGAACAAUGGACGACCUGCCAGAAUUGAAACACAGGGAGGCGUGCUUCCUAGUUAUUUAAGUCUGUUCGACGAUGAUAUAGCUACGGUCGACGAAGGUGCGGGUAAAUAUUCAAUUAUGGGGAGCCGUCUGGCACCUGCGAGUGCUUUCCAGGGCGACAAGGUCCAGAAACUCGCAGAUUUCGUGGCCAAAAGCCCCUUCAAUAUGCUGAUGACACUAGUUGCUGGAAACAAAGUCAGCCAAGUUGCCGGCGAUGCGACCGCGAUACAUCCUUCAUGGCGCAAAGCGAUACACCACCUUAUUCUCAUGGCUGGAUGGGAGAAUAAUCAACCUAUUCCGGCCAGGAAUCUUAUUAGAAGCGCCUUGACGAACACGACUCAGGAAUUUGCCAAGUUUUUCCCAGGGUUUGGAAGUUACGUCAAUGAGGGAGACAUUAAUGAGCCCAAGUGGCAAGAAACGUUCUGGGGAAGCAACUAUCCCCGUCUCAAGUCGAUCAAGAAAAGAUAUGACCCACAGGGUAUCUUCACUUGUUUCCAUUGCGUCGGAUAUGAAGACUAA